CAUUGUGUGACUAGGCCCUCUGGCGGAGUGAUCUGCUGUUGUGAAGGUCCUGACGGGAGACAGGCAGUGGAUCGAUAACAAACCGGGCUCGGUGAAAAACUAUGAGUGCAACAAUAGGCAGCUAGCUGGCUUCUUAUCUUCUAUGAGCCAGAAUCCCCGGCAAGCAGAUCAAGACAACCGAGACCAUGGAAAGAAAAGGUGUCCCUAUUAAGCGCAUUCUCAACAAGCCCCAGAUAGUCCGCAGCCUGGGCAGCAACCUUCACACGGAUGUGAACGCCAGUCACUCCCGGGCCGGCUGGUCGCUGCUGACCAAAGUGCAGCGCAGCAGGCACAAGAACCUGUACGAGGUCAACCAUCAAAUCAGGAACAAGCCUGAUUUAAACACAACACUACCAGUUCGACAGACGGCAUCCAUCUUCAAGCAACCAGUGACCAAGGUUACGAAUCAUCCCAACAACAAGGUGAAGACGGACCCACAGAAGGCUGUGGACCAACCGAAACAAUUGUUCUGGGAGAGGAAGUUAGGCGGUCUAAAUGCAUUCGACAUCGCAGAGGAGCUGGUGAAAACGAUGGACCUCCCCAAAGGCCUACAGGGUGUCGGACCGGCGUGUUCAGAUAAAACACUUCUUUCUGCCAUCGCCAGCGCUCUGCACACCAGCCCCUCACCGGUCACUGGACAACUCACUGCGGCUGUGGAGAAGAACCCUGGAGUCUGGCUCAACACAUCACAACCUCUCUGCAAAGCCUUUGUAGUGACGGAUGAGGACAUCAGGAAGCAGGAGGACCUGGUGCAGAAUGUGAGGAGGCGGCUGGAGGAAGCCCUCACAGCUGACAUGUUGGCUCAUAUAGAGGACACCACUGCAGCCGCAGCCAACAAAGCGUUGGAGAAGGUUGAGCAGGUGGACAAGGAGGAAUUAUAGCCAAGGCUUGUUUGAGAUGAAGUUUGCUGGUAAACUCCUUUCCUUUUCAAAUAAUUAGCUCCAUGAAGAUUUUUUAUACACUUUGAGAUGAAAUAGACGGUAAAUGCAGACAUUCUACAGAUUUUGUUUACCUAAACUGAAACUGUUUUCUUUAAUAUUAUUAUAAUUUGUUUUUACAUUCAAUGGUGUAAUUCUGGAAGGGUGCUUUGGAUUUCCAGUUUAUUUUUACCUCUCCUAAUGUAAGGCAACUUUCUUUAGACUUUACAAACUGUUUAGCGGUCUCAUGUCUCGAUGACAUCACCAUUUCAUCGUUGAUGCUGUCUAAUCAAAACAAAAUGACUGUUCAUGUAAGUGGUUUUACUUUUAGGGAAGUUUACUCAAGUUGUGGAUGAUUCUCUACACAAUGCAGUGUUACAGUUUGUAAACAGCUGUUAAAGCUCAAAGUUAAAAAAUAACCAACCUGAUGUGUUUUUUUUGUGUGUGUGUGUGCACGCGUGUGUAUGUUUGUAUUGAGUGUACCAUUUCGUCGCCAUCUUAGGUGUGUUACUUUUUUGCCAUCUUUUUUACAUUUUACUCUGGCACUGCAGGUCUUUUGUGUUUAUGUUUGAAAGCACAGAAAGGUUGCAGUAUGUUUACACGCACAUGGCACUGUUGUGGAUGUGAAUAAUCAAAUUUAGUUUAAAGCAGUGUUAUUUCUCAUAAUAACUUGAAUUUACAUGGUUUUGAAGUUCAAGUCUGGGUAUUUUUGUUUUAACAGAAUUAUCAGUACUGUUUGCCGGCUACAUUUGAGUUUAAUAUGUAACAGAAAAAGCGUGUACCUUCAGAAAAUACAGAAACCAAUAAAACACUGAUGUAACUUGCCUCAUGAUGUUCUGUACCUCAUUACAAGAAUCAUUAUUUGUCUCCAUACCACUGCGAAAUAAAUGCAGCUUUUUCAUG